AUGUUAUUAUAAUUUUUAUUAUUACUAAUAGAAGUGCAAUCAAUAAGUUUGAAAUUCAAGAUACCACCUGGCCAUUAAUAGUGUAUUAAGGAUAAUGUUUCAUAAAAUACUCUCAUAUAUGGAUAAUAUGAAUCAUCCACUUUAUUAUAUACUUUUACUUUGAAUGUAUGAAAUAAAUAAAUAUUGAUAAAGGUAGUCAAUUAACAAGAAAUUGAAAAUACAAUAAUAGAGUAUUCAAGUCAAGUAGUUACACAAUUCCAUCAUGUAAUGUAAGAAUCAGGAGAGAUUUCUUUGUGUUUUGAAGUGGAUGAUUAUUCUGAAAUUGCAACUUUUAAUCUAUUUUAUGAAAGUGGUAGAAUAUUCAUUAUCAUUCUGAGGUGCUGAAAUCUAUGAUCAAGAUUAAUUACCUAAAAAGCAACAUGUUUUAAAUAUUAAUGAGACAUUGGAAUAGAUGGAAUAAUUGUAAUAGGAGAUUUCUAGAGAAUAAUUAUUAAUUGUAGAUAGAGAACAUAUACGAAAACUCUCUUUUGUAGAUUUUUAAUCGCAUAUUGUUAAAUUUACAUGCAUAACCUUAAGUAUACUCCUUAUUGUAGCUGCUUCAUAAGCCCUUUAUAUAAGAAGAUAUGCAAUUUAUAAAAAGUUGUCUUGA